ACUUAGAGCCUGCGCCUAAAUUUGGACCAGUCACCCUCUAACCUAUCCCGAACUGACGGAAGCGACCUGGCGAUUUUGGGAUUUCCGGGCCGCAGGACUCUGCCCCCAGAACCCGUAGCAGUGCCCCCUCGGUGGGCCUGGGGGCGCAUCCUAGAUGCCUGAGGACGCGGGGCGAUGUGCUAGAAAGUUUCAUGCAGGUUCCUGGGAAAGCUGGUGCUGCUGCUGCUGCCUGAUUCCAGCCGACAGACCUUGGGACCGGGGCCGGCGCUGGCGGCUGGAGAUGGCGGACACGAGAUCCGUGCAUGAGACCAGAUUUGAAGCGGCUGUGAAGGUGAUCCAGAGUUUGCCGAAAAAUGGUUCAUUCCAGCCAACAAAUGAAAUGAUGCUCAAGUUCUAUAGCUUCUAUAAGCAGGCAACUGAAGGACCCUGUAAACUAUCAAGGCCUGGCUUCUGGGAUCCUAUCGGAAGAUAUAAAUGGGAUGCUUGGAAUUCACUGGGUGAAAUGACCAAAGAGGAAGCCAUGAUUGCAUAUGUUGAAGAAAUGAAGAAGAUUCUUGAAACUAUGCCGAUGACUGAAAAAGUUGAAGAAUUGCUGCAUGUCAUUGGUCCAUUUUAUGAAAUUGUAGAGGACAAAAAGAGUGGCAGAAAUUCUGAUUUAACUUCAGUCCGGCUGGAGAAAAUCUCUAAAUGCUUAGAAGAUCUUGGUAAUGUUCUGACUUCUACUCCAAAUGCCAAAACUGUUAAUGGAAAAGCUGAAAGCAGUGACAGUGGAGCUGAAUCUGAGGGAGAAGAGGCCCAUGAAGAAGUGAAAGGAGAAGAACAAAAUGAUAGUGAUAAAAUGAUGAAGAAAUCUGCCAACCAUGAGAAUUUGGAAGUCGUUGUCCCUAAUGGCUAUGAUAAAGACAGCUGUGUUCAAGGCUCACAGAGCGACAUUCAGGCCAGUUCCUCCCUGAACGGCAGAGGCGCUGAGGAAGUAAAACCUGCAGAUCAAAACUUGGGGCCAACUGAAAAAACUGCUGUCUGCCUCCCCCAAGAUAUAAAUGAUGAUCAUGUUGAAGAUGUUUCAGGAAUUCAGCAUCUGACUAGUGAUUCAGACAGUGAAGUUUAUUGUGAUUCCAUGGAACAAUUUGGACAAGAAGAGGUAAAGUCUUUAGAUAGCUUGACAUCGAGCAAUGGACCAUUCCCUUAUUAUUUGGCUGGUAAUCCCAGUCAGCCCUUGGAAAGCUCUGGUUUUCCUGAAGAUGUUCAAGUAUGUUCUGGAAGUGGCAGCACUGGGGACACGCAGGCGGAAGCCGUCGAAGGCAAAGGCGAAGUAAAGCGCGGAGGAGAGGAUGGCGGGAGUAACAGCGGAGCGCCGCACCGAGAGAAACGGGCUGGAGAAGGCGAGGAAUUCUCUAAUGUCAGAAGAGGGAGAGGGCACAGGAUGCAGCAUUUGAGCGAAGGAAGCAAGGGUCGCCAAGUGGGAAGUGGAGGUGAUGGGGAACGCUGGGGUUCAGACAGAGGGUCUCGGGGCAGCCUCAACGAGCAGAUUGCUCUUGUGCUCAUGCGUCUGCAGGAGGACAUGCAGAACGUCCUCCAGAGACUCCACAAGCUGGAGACGCUGACAACUUCACAGGCAAAAUCAUCAGCGUUACAGACCAGUAGUCAGCCCCCUUCACUGAGACCAUCCUGGUGGCCCUUCGAGAUGUCUCCUGGUGCAUUAGCUUUUGCUAUCAUAUGGCCUUUUAUUGCCCAGUGGUUGGUGCAUUUAUACUAUCAAAGAAGGAGAAGAAAACUGAACUGAAGAAAAUGAUAUUUUACUGAAGAAGACUCCUGGGCCUGGAUGACCUCAGGAUGAAAUGGAUUGUGGAGCUCAUACGAAAAUCCUAGUUUGUGAUGAUUAUACUUCUUUUUGUUGUCCAGUAGUUUGGUUUGUGUACAUAUAUACAUAUAUAUUUUUUGCACUACACAAAUGAUAACAUUUUAAGGACUAAUAUUGCUGAUACUUGAAUAAUCAAUCUCAACUAGGUUAUACAUAGCAUAUAUAGAUUUACCCUACCCUUGAACUUGAAGGACAUUAAAUUAUUAAUUAUUGUUUGGUAACAUGUUUACCUGAUUAUCUCCCAUAGAAAAAUAUAAACUGCUUUUCCAAGGUACAGUUGUGAUAAUGAGAACAGAUUUAUAACUGGGCAUUUUUAAUUUUAUAAAUAUGAGAAAUAUUGCAAACCAGGAGUGAAUUUCAGAUGAGAUUAAAUCGGCUUUCUUUCUUAGUCACUGAAUCACCAUGCCAAGGAGCAGAAAACGGCUGGAAGAAUCUUUUCCACAUUCACUUGUGGGCUGCUCAGAAUCUUUCCUGGGCAUUCAUAGCCCUUACUUUAGUGUUCAUGCAUCAUUAUGGCAAAGGAGAUCCCUGCGUCCCAGGCUUAGUUUUUACAAAUGAUUCACAGAAUAGACAUAACCUGCUAAGGGAAAUGAUGAAGAAUGGCUUAGAGUAAGUUUGACAGUGUAUUCUGAACCUACAGAUCAUUAAUAAGAUUUAUACACAAUCAUACACAUGGAUUCCUUUGUAAUCAUUUUUCUUUAACCGAGGAUAUCUUGUUUCAGCUUCAUAGGGUGCUUUGAAAUAUAAAAUGAAAACUUAUUUAUACUGUUUUUACAAAGGUCAAAAAGGAAACACACAAAAAUCACUUUUCUGCAACUGGUAAACCACAUAGACCGGACUCUUAACCUCUUAGUGCCUAAGUCUUUCUUCGGGGUAUAAUAUUUGAGAUACACUAGUUUCACGGGGGUCUUGGAGGGGUGUGUAAGCUAGCAGGCGUAUGCUUCCAUAUGAAUAAGACAUACCCAACUAAUGUAAAUAUAAGUGUCUCUCUCCCACCUUGCACAUGUAGACUAAGAACACUGUCAUUUAGGUCCUGGAAGGCUUUGUUUGGAAUUAUGCUUCCUGUAUACCUUUUAAAACUCCCUGCUCAUGUAAAUGUACCUUGUACUUUAAAGAUUUCUCUGAUUCACAGACUAAGUAUCAAACAAUUUUUAAAUAUCCUUGGUAUGUAUGAUGUUGGGUUUAGCAUCAUGUGUUCGGAGUGUUUUCAAUAAGAACGUAAUCCAUCCAUAAUAUAGAGGGUGGUCCUUUGUUUAUCUGAAGAAAAAAGUGUAAGAAGUCAAUUUGCUUUUCCUAAGACUCUUUUUCCUUUUUUUUUUCUCUUACAUGUAACUGGAUUUUUGUUUAAAUCCCAUCUUGAUUAAAAUGUAUCUGUCUACAGGGAUCUACUAAUGUUUGCUUUUUAAAAGCUGUCCUCUAUUUAGGGGAACAGAGUGAAGCAAGUAACUGAAUUAUAUGUAAAAAUAAAAUUUAGACCUGUGGAUCGGGGUUCUUUUCAAAACUUAGCUGUCAAUAUGGUAUCAGAAAACAGUGGCUUUUCUCUUAAUAUAUAAAUAAAUAAGAUGCAAAUUAAGAAUGUAAGCUGUUGUGAAUCAUUACAAGAAGUUGAGGGGUAACUUACUUCUGGGAAUAACCAUUUGUAUCCUAUUCCAAAGUCUUAUUUUAUAGUUUGAAAAGCACUUUGCACACAGUUCUUGUAUAUACAAGUAAAGAUGUAAUUAUAGGAUGUAGUGUCACAGCUUUGUUUAACAAGAACCUCAUUUAAAAUUUUAAAUGGACAGCUAUGGUAUUUUUUUAAUGAUCUACUUCUUUUCUGUUCUUUAUUGUAAAACUAAAUUAAAAAUAAAAGGUUAACGAGAAA